CGUGGCCUCGAGUGAGGAGGCGGGGUUCGUGCCCCCGAGCCUGCAGCUGCUGGGUGUCCAGCUCCGGACGUCAGGGCAGCUCCUUGCUGCUGCGGCCUCCGAGCGGAGCUGCCCUGUCUUCGAGAACUGCAGGCAGACAUAGAGGCUACCCCUCUGCUGCUUCUCACCGGCCUUUGCAGUCCUGUGCCCUUGGGACCGGUGUCCUCCAGAAACAAUGGGUGUCGCUAUAUCCAGCGAGGACCCUCUCAGGCUCCAGUGCUCCGUCUAAGCAAGGGUCCCCUUCCAGCCCUGCUCUCCCCGUCUGUCAUGGCCACACCUGGCUGCUGCCCACUUGCCUGGGGACGUAGGGCACCCAGCCCCAGCCCUGAGAGCUCAAGUCCAGUCCUCUGGCUCUGCCCCACAGGGGGGCUUCGGGCACCAGGCGCCUCUCAGAGCCAGAGAGACUGAUGCCGUGGGACCAGCCCCGGCCCAGCUGUCGCCCGCCUGGCACUGCCCGUCUGGAGACCUGUGCUCUGGGUCUGCCUGGAGGUGCCAACCCUGCGAACCCCUCCCCUGUCCCCCGAUGCUGAGAAGGCCCUGCCCGCCCCUACCAUGUGUGAGGUGAUGCCCACAAUCAAGGAGGGGGACCCCCUGGGCCCCCCCCACGGCGCCGACGCUGACGCCAACUUUGAGCAGCUGAUGGUGAACAUGCUGGAUGAACGGGAGAAGCUGCUGGAGUCCCUUCGUGAGAGUCAGGAGGCCUUGGCGGCCACGCAGAGCCAGCUCCAGGACGCCCUCCACGAGCGGGACCAGCUCCAGCGUCACCUGAACUCCGCGCUCCCCCAGGAAUUUGCCACCUUAACCCGGGAGCUGAGCAUGUGUCGGGAGCAGCUUCUAGAGCGGGAGGAAGAGAUAUCAGAGCUGACAGCAGAGCGGAAUAACACGAGGCUGCUUCUAGAGCAUCUGGAGUGUCUGGUGUCCCGCCAUGAGCGGUCCCUGCGGAUGACCGUGGUAAAGCGCCAGGCCCAGUCACCUUCCGGGGUCUCCAGUGAGGUGGAGGUGCUGAAAGCCCUCAAGUCGCUGUUUGAGCACCACAAGGCCUUGGAUGAGAAGGUGCGAGAGCGGCUUCGGGCAGCCCUGGAGCGAGUCACCACCUUGGAGGAGCAGCUGGCAGGUGCCCACCAGCAGGUUCUCUUGUCUGUGACUCACUGCCCCGGGGGCUGUGCCCUGCAGCAGGGGGCAGGGGUUCAGGAUGGAGUGGCAGGAGACGAGGGGACUGUGCAGCUGGGACCGAAACGCCUGUGGAAGGAUGAUGUGGGUCGGGUGCAGGAGCUGCAGGAGCUGCUGGAGAAGCAGAGCUUUGAGAUGAGCCAGGCCCGGGAGAGACUGGUCACCCUGACUGCAGCUGUCGCUGAACUGGAGGAGGACCUGGACACGGCCCGCCGGGACCUCAUCAAGUCAGAGGAGCUGAGCAGCCGGCACCAGCGGGACCUCCGGGAGGCUCUGGCCCAGAAGGAGGACAUGGAGGAGCGGAUCACCACACUGGAGAAGCGCUACCUGGUGGCUCAGCGUGAGGCCACAUCCAUCCAUGACCUCAACGACAAACUGGAAAACGAGCUGGCCAAUAAGGCGUCCCUGCACCGCCAAUGUGAGGAGAAGGCACGACACCUGCAGGAGCUGCUGGAGGUGGCAGAGCAGAAGCUGCAGCAGACGAUGCGCAAGGCCGAGACGCUGCCCGAGGUGGAGGCCGAGCUGGCCCAGAGGGUCGCAGCACUCACCAAGGCUGCAGAACGGCACGGCAGCUUUGAGGAGCACGUCCGGCAGCUGGAGGACCAGCUGGAGGAGAAGAAGCAGGAGCUGGCACGGGUGCGCCAGCGGGAGAAGAUGAACGAGGACCACAACAAGCGGCUGUCAGAUACGGUGGACCGGCUGCUCAGUGAGUCCAACGAGCGCCUGCAGCUGCACCUCAAAGAGCGCAUGGCAGCCCUGGAGGAGAAGAAUACCUUGAUGCAGGAGCUGGAGAGCUCCCAGCGGCAGAUUGAGGAGCAGCAGCAUCACAAGGGCCGCUUGUCUGAAGAGAUCGAGAAGCUGCGCCAAGAGGUGGACCAGCUGAAGGGUCGAGGGGGGCCGUUUGUGGACGGCAUCCACUCCAGGUCGCGCCCGGGCAGUGCGGUGGACGUGCGGUUCUCCCUGAGCACAACCAGCCAUGUGCCCCCAGGCCUGCAUCGCCACUACUCGGCACUGCGGCAGGAGCCUGCCAAGGACUGGGAGCUGUCUCCACUGCCUGGAGCGCUGGCCCCCACGGCCACCCCUGCGUUUGACUGUGACCCUGAGAUAUCUGACGUGGAGGAGGGUGAGCCCGGGGGUCUGCGUGGCUCCCUGGACAUGGCCUCCCCCAGCAGCCACUCUGACGCCCAGACCCUGGCCAUGAUGCUGCAGGAGCAGCUGGACGCCAUCAACGAGGAGAUCAGGAUGGUCCAGGAGGAGAAGGAAUGCACGGAGCUGCGGGCAGAGGAGAUCCAAACGCGCGUGACCAGCGGCAGCUCGGAGGCCCUCGACCUGAUCCAGCUGCGCCAGCGCGGCCCCAUCCCCACCUCUCUGACCGCCCUGUCUCUGGCCAGCAUGUCCCCUGCACUGAGCGGCCGCUCCAGCCCGAAGCUCACCUCCCGCAGUGCUGCCCAGGACCUGGACCGCAUGGGGGUCAUGACCCUGCCCAGUGACUUAAGAAAGCAUAGGAGGAAGCUGCUGUCGCCAGUGUCUCGGGAAGAGAACCGAGAGGAUAAAGCCACCAUAAAAUGUGAGACUUCUCCUCCUUCCUCACCCAGGACGCUGCGGCUCGAGAAGCUCGGCCACCCGGCCCGGAGCCAGGAAGAAGGCAAGAGUGCUGUGGAGGACCAGGCUAGCAACCCCAGCAGCAGCGGCAGCAGCCAGGACUCCUUGCACAGGGGCACCAAACGCAAAGGCAUCAAGUCGUCCAUCGGCCGCCUGUUCGGGAAGAAGGACAAGGGCCGGCCGGUGCAGCCGAGCCAGGACGGAGCCGCAGGCCACGUUCUGCUGACAGACUCUGAGCUCGGUGUGCAGGAGCCCAUGGUGCCCACCAAGCUGGGGACCCAGGCAGAGAAGGACCGGCGGCUGAAGAAAAAACACCAGCUGCUUGAAGAUGCGCGCAGAAAAGGAACACCCUUUGCCCAGUGGGACGGCCCUACUGUGGUCUCCUGGCUGGAGCUCUGGGUGGGGAUGCCGGCCUGGUACGUGGCUGCCUGCCGGGCCAACGUCAAGAGCGGUGCCAUCAUGUCGGCCCUGUCGGACACGGAGAUCCAGCGGGAGAUCGGGGUCAGCAACGCCCUGCAUCGGCUCAAGCUGCGGCUGGCCAUCCGGGAGAUGGUGUCGCUGACCAGCCCCUCCGCCCCGCCCACCUCCAGGACCUCUUCCGGGAACGUCUGGGUCACCCACGAAGAGAUGGAAACGCUGGCAACAUCCACCAAAACAGACGGUGAGGAGGGCAGCUGGGCUCAGACCCUGGCCUACGGGGACAUGAACCAUGAGUGGAUCGGGAACGAGUGGCUGCCCAGCCUGGGGCUGCCGCAGUACCGCACGCACUUCAUGGAGUGCCUGGUGGACGCACGCAUGCUGGAUCACCUGAGCAAGAAGGACCUGCGUGUCCACCUGAAGAUGGUGGACAGCUUCCACCGAACUAGUCUUCAGUAUGGCAUCAUGUGUCUGAAGAGGCUGAACUACGACCGGAAGGAGCUGGAGAAGAGGCGGGAGGAAAGCCAGCAGGAGAUCAAGGAUGUGCUGGUCUGGACCAACGAGCAGGUGGUUCACUGGGUGCAGUCCAUCGGGCUCCGGGACUAUGCAGGACACCUGCGUGAGAGUGGCGUGCACGGCGCCCUGCUCGCCCUGGACGAGAACUUCGACCACAGCACGCUGGCCCUGCUCCUGCAGAUCCCCACGCAGAACACCCAGGCACGCCAGCUGAUGGAGAGAGAGUUCAACAACCUGUUGGCCUUGGGCACAGACCGGAAGCUGGAUGAUGGGGAGGACAAGGUGUUCCGCCGCGCGCCCUCCUGGAGGAAGCGCUUCCGGCCGCGGGACAUCCCCGGCGGCGUGCUCAACGUGUCCACCCUGGGGUCCCUGCAGCCUCCACCGGCCCCGCCGAAGAAGGUGGCGCCCGAAGCUCGCUCCCACUAUCUCUACGGACACAUGCUCUCCGCCUUCCGGGACUAGCCGGCCCUGGAUCUCAGAAUACACUCGUCCGCCCCUCGCAUCGCAUCCCCCCCGCAACCCCCGCGUGUCCUUUGUAAGUCUCGUGGACGUGGCUGGGUUUGUGCAGAUUCUGGAGGACCGCAGCCCCCCGUGGGCGGGGGAGGGGGUGUGUGUGUGGCGCCACCCGCCCUCUCCUGGACCUGGUGGGUCUGGACGGCGAUCUCCACUGGAGACCAGGACGCUGUGCCACGGGCUGGGGACGGCCCUUCUAAGGAAAGGACACUCAGACUCCGCCUUGCUUGGGCUGUUUGGCCCCUGGUCCCUGUCCGUCCCCUGGCGGUGCCAAGUGGCCCGCCACCUGGGUUGGGCACCCCUCAGCAUUCGUCUUCCCUGAAGUCCUCUGCACAACACAGCCCCUGCCUCCAGGAGGCGCACUCUCGGGGUGGUGAGGCUGUGGAUGGGAAGGCUAAGCGGAGCCCCCAGAGGUGAGCGGGAGGAAUCUGAGGGAAACGGGCUCCUGCGCUGCGGGCCAAGGGCAGGCAUGGGGAGCGCAGGCAGCCCACUGGAGGCGGAGCCGAUGGCCUGUGGUGCCUUAAGCCCGAAGGCCUGUGGGUACGCCUUGUGGCCCAGCCGCGGGCUGGGGGCAGGGAUGGUGUGGCUCAGCUUGGGGGCAGAACUGCCAGCUACGCUCCCAGCACCCUUCCCUUGUGGCUGGCUAUGCCCAUCGUGUGGUAACCCGAGCCCCAUAACGAUAUGCCUGAUGGGUGGCUACACUGACCUUAGAUUCUGGGGAAAACAUACCCUGAGACUCCCUUGCCCUGACCUGGGGAGAAAGUGAAGCUUCCUUGUCAGUGAGUCAGGCCCCAGGUCCAGGUUACUGAACGUUGGGGAAGGCUGUUGCUCUCCUGCUCACCCCCAAACCACCUACCCCUUGUUCCGGGCUCUCUUGGUGUGCAGGCACUGCCCCCUCCAGAAGCUUCUGAGAUCUGCCCAGCCCCUACCAGUUUACUGCUGUCGCCACCAUGCAGCAUGGGGGCAGCUGAGGCUGGAGGAUGCAGGUCCUGGCUUGGUAGGAAUGUCAUCUCCAAGAAAUCCUCUUCCUCACCCACCUCCUCAGCCUGCCAAGGUGCCUGCAAGUGUUUAGGACCUGCGUUCAGGAUGAGUGGAUGGAACCCAGGGCUUCAUCUAAGUGAGACGAGAGGAAAGUGUUUUCAGCAUGUUUCCUGGAAAGGGGCCAGCGCGGUGCCAUCCUACAGGUGGCUGAGCAGCUGGUUUGUAACCCGAUCGACUCGGGUUCUGAGCAGGGCUGCACUAGCAGGUGGGGUGAGGGGUCAGAGCGCCCUGUCCAGGAGUAAUGGAGCCUGAGGCAGUGCCAGGUCUCAGAGGCUUUGGCCACUUUUCAGUAGAGACCCACCAUGGUGGGGCUAGCUGGCCCCGCAGCCCUGGGCAAAGCAACCACCUUUCCUGCUGUCCCUCAUUAUCCCCUGCACCCCCGGUCAUCAGGCCACUGCAAAGGGAGCUGGAGGAGCUCAUAAGCAGAAAAUGAGUUGGCGGAGUGAAAAGGCCCCAUCCUGCACGACAGAUAGUAGAUUAAGGAGAAUCCCCAGAUUUCUAUGAUUGGUGGAACUGGUAUGUCAGGGGACUCGAUGGGCUAGCCUGUCUUCUGCAUCCUAACCCUACAUGGUUGCCAUGUCAUAAGGCAGCAGCUGGUGGGACCCAGGUCCCUUGAGGACAUCUUUGCAAUAUUGUUUGGAGCUGACGGAGCAGAGAACCCCAGAGGGAAGGCCGUUGUCUUGGGGCAUCUGUUGCCUCACAGUCAGUGUACUUGUUUGGAGAGUCACCAGUGACCUGAGCCCCCUCACCAGCCUCCUGUACUUGUCAGGUCCCUUCUCAGUACUGUACUGUCUCAGUGCAUCAGGAACGGGUGUGUGUGCGCGCGUGUGCGUGUGUGUGUACGUACCAAUAAACAACCCGGUUUUAAGACAAUUUA